GACAUCCUGAACGAGUAUCUGAGGCCGAAUGGUUCCCAGUGCUGCUUGUGCAUUGCAUAUUAAUAAGAGACCCGAGCCUGUCAAUAUUUACAUUCCCAAUCAUUUCGCUCGCUUCCAUCCGAUCUACAUGUGAUUGUGCCUUUUCCCGUGCUUUGAAUCACCACUUCGUUCGCCAUGCCGUCCGCUAUCACAUCAACGUCGUCUCAGACCGACGCCACCAUCUUUGGUGGCCAUGACAUAGCCCGACCACAACUCACCAAACCGCUCUCCGACUCUGGAUCCCUCCAACAAUACUCGCACAACGACCUAACCCCCGCCAUCGGCCGCGAGUUUCCCACCCUCAAAAUCCGCGACCUCCUCAAAGCCGACGAUCAACUCUUCCGCGACCUCGCAUACACAAUCUCCUCCCGCGGCGUCGUCUUCCUCCGCAACCAAGAUGUCACCCCAAACGAGCUAAAAGACUUCAUGCUCCGCCUCACCACCCUCGCCGGCUGCCCCUCCACCUCUGGCCUUCACGUGCACCCCCUAACAGAAGAGGGCUCCGAGCUAGGCGACCAAAUCAGCGUCAUCUCCUCCGAGAAGCAAAAGAAGGGCGGCGGUCUCACUCACCAGCUCUCCGACGUCAGUAGGUAUGCCUCCAACGCAUGGCACAGCGAUAUCACCUUUGAGCCUGUGCCCAGUGACUACGCCAUGCUCAAGAUCCACACCCUUCCCGUCACUGGCGGUGAUACCCUCUGGGCGAGCGGAUACGAGGUCUAUGAUCGUCUGUCAGAGCCGAUGAGGGAGAUGCUCAAGAAGUUGACCGCCACACAUGACGCCAAGUUCUUUUUGGAUGAGGCGAGGAAUUUGGGGAAUCCGCUGAGGGAGUGCCAGAGAGGGUCGCCGUUGAACAAGGGGGCUGAGUUGGCUGCUGUGCAUCCUGUUAUAAGGACAAAUCCCGUUACUGGGUGGAACUCGGUCUACGUCAACAAGGGCUUCACCAAGCGCAUCAACGGCGUCACAAAAGACGAGUCGGACAUCCUCCUUAAAUACCUCUUCAACAUGGUAACACAGAACCACGAUGCCCAAGUACGAUUCAGAUGGAGUAAGAAUGACGUCGCUAUCUGGGACAACAGGAGCACAUGGCAUUGUGCGACAUAUGACUACAACGACCCGAGAGCGGGCGACCGUGUUUGUUCCCUGGGCGAGGCUCCAUAUCUUGAUGUACAAGGGGGCAAGUCGAGGAAGGAGGAGUUGGGUCUUUGACGUCUUUACAUAGCGC